GAACUUCACUUCCCGUCAUGCCCAGCGGCCAAAACAAUAUGGUUGCACACAUCAGAUGCAGAGGACUGUAGAUAUUACUAUUUGCAGCGAUGCUGGUUUUAUUCCUGUUUAUUUUAGCUUUGUCAUAUCGCAUGACUGCCACGGACACUGAAGCCUCUCAAAAUGGGCACAUCUCCAGCGAGAGCUAUUUUAUGUCGAUCUGGCACAACAGAUUGUAUUUGUAUUCAGCUGCUGCCCUCGUAUUUGGCAUCUGGUUUUCACUGAAACUGACACUGAAGAAGAAAAGCUUCAGCCCAAAUGUCCACAAGGCUGUGAAGAACGAUGACCACACUGAUGGAGACACUGUGGUUCAUGUGUCAGGAGUUAAAAUCUUCUAUGGCUCACAAACAGGAACAGCAAAGGGUUUUGCACAAGAGCUGUCUGAAGAGGUAAAGACUCUGGGGAUACCAGCCGACUUGAUUGACAUGAAGGACUACGAUCCAGAUGAUCAACUUGCUGAUGAGUGCACAAAUAAAUCAGUCUGCGUGUUUCUUUUGGCCACGUACACGGAUGGACAGCCCACUGAGAACGCUGAGUGGUUCUGUAAGUGGCUGGAAGAGGCGUCCACUGACUUCAGAUAUGGGAAGACGUACCUUAAAGGCCUCAGAUAUGCAGUGUUUGGUCUUGGAAACUCUGUCUAUGUUGGCCACUACAACACGGUGGGCAAGAAUGUAGACAAGUGGCUGUGGAUGCUGAGCGGCAUGCGCAUCAUGACAAAGGGAGAGGGCGACUGCAAUGUGGCGAAGAGCCGUAACGGAAACAUCCAGGCCGACUUUCUGGCCUGGAAGGUCAAGUUCAUGAAACGAUUACGGGCCCUGGCCAAGGGCGAGAAAAAGAGCUGCAGUGGAGACUGUAAAAGUGGAGGCUCAUGCAAGAAUAAGAGACAAGAUGAGCAGCAGGUGGUGGACAAACAUGUGCACAAUGAAGAGGAGGAAAAGGCAGAUCUGCAAAAUGCCAGCUCUGAGGAUGAGCUGAUGGAGUCCAGCAGUGAUGAGGAGGAAUCCAGUCUGCUUGAUGAGAAGCCGGGGUCAGUGGUGGACAUGGAGGAUCUGGGCGACAUCAUGAGUGGCGCCAAGAAAGCGAAGAGCAAAGAUGAGAGUCGAGGAGGUGGUCACAUGGUGAAGCUGUCCAAGAUGAAUGGAGUGAAGAAGAUGGAGGAUGAAGAGGAAAGAAGAGAGAUGAUCACCCCUGCACUGAGGGCUGCACUGACGAAGCAAGGCUACAAACUAAUUGGAAGUCAUUCAGGGGUGAAGCUUUGUCGAUGGACCAAGUCUAUGUUACGAGGAAGAGGAGGCUGCUACAAACACACUUUUUAUGGUAUCGAGUCCCACCGCUGCAUGGAAACUACCCCCAGCCUCGCUUGUGCCAACAAGUGUGUCUUCUGUUGGAGACAUCACACCAACCCUGUGGGCACAGAGUGGCGCUGGAAGAUGGACCCUGCUGAGAAAAUCCUGCUGGAAGCUGUGGAGAAGCACCAGAACAUGAUCAAACAGUUUAGAGGUGUUCCUGGAGUGAUGCUCGAGCGUUACGAGGAGGGCUUGGCGGUCAAACACUGUGCUCUGUCCUUGGUGGGCGAGCCAAUCAUGUACCCUGAAAUCAACACCUUUAUCCGUCUCCUCCACUCUCACCAAAUCUCCAGUUUCCUGGUCACAAACGCACAGUUCCCAGAGGAAAUCACGAGCCUGGUGCCAGUUACCCAGUUGUAUGUAAGUGUAGACGCCAGCACCAAAGACAGUCUGAAGAAGAUUGACCGGCCACUUUUCAAGGACUUCUGGCCACGCUUCCUGGACAGUCUCAAAGCCCUGGGAGAGAAGAGGCAGAGGACGGUGUACAGACUGACUUUGGUGAAGGCCUGGAACGUGGAGGAGAUGCUGGCAUAUUCUGAACUCAUUGCUUUGGGGCAACCGGACUUCAUCGAGGUCAAGGGGGUGACGUACUGUGGGGAAAGCUCAGCCAGCAGUCUGACCAUGGCUAACGUCCCCUGGCACCAGGAGGUGGUCGCCUUCGUCCAGCAGCUCGCAGACAUGUUGCCUCAGUAUGAGAUCGCCUGUGAGCAUGAGCACUCAAACUGUUUGCUCAUCGCACACACAAAGUUCAAGGUGGAUGGUGAGUGGUGGACGUGGAUCGACUACGAGCGUUUCCAGGAGUUGGUCCAGGCCCACGAGGAGAGCGGGGGACAGCGGAGCUUCUCGGCCUUGGACUACAUAGCCAAGACUCCCAGCUGGGCUAUGUUCGGAGCCAGCGAGCAGGGUUUCGACCCCGCCGAAACGCGCUUCCUACGACGCAACAAAACCAAAGACAUCUCAGGGUGCUGAGAGAGAGGGAGAGGUAGGAUUAACCAGAGCAAGGACUAAUGUGGGGGAAAACCAUUAGGGAAAAAUGAGAUUCAAUAUUUUUUAUUCACGUUUACUAGGACUUUUUUUUUUACACUGUAACUCUUUGUCCCUCUUUUCAUUUCUCUUCAGUAAGGAUCUUUAAUUUCCGCGGCUCCGUUCUUUAUUCUGCAAAGAUCAAACAGAAACUGUCCCAAUCAAUUGCCUCACACUUUCUUUCUAGACAUUCCCCUUUGUAUUGACUCUAAGAGCCUUUUUGUUUUGUUUGUUUCAUAUAUGCCCAUAGAUCUUUGAUAUCCUACCGCCCUGCCUUCUUUGUGGACGAGGUCCUUAUUAUAAAUGUCUCCGGCUCUGAUCUUUAUACUCGUACACUGUUACAGUUGCACGUGGCUGUGGCUUCACCAGUGCUGAGGUUUUCUUGUAGUCGUGCUGAGCAGCUCAGGACAUGAUCAGCAUGUCCUCUCCUCGUGUUGUCAGUGGGAGUCGCACUUCUUUUCCCACACACCUUUUACUCUUCCACCCACUCAUUAGGACAGAGGCUGCAGCUCCACUGGGAGCAUCUCUUCACAGCAUCAGAUUCUUGCUGCUCUAAGUACAACUGUUGCUCUGUUGCACAUGCAAACCAUUAUUUUUAGCUUUGCUUGGUUUCAGUGCUCCAAGCCAGGAUUAAAGAAAUGAUCACCCCUCGUGCUGCCAGGUUUUCUGUAGCUAAAUGAAAAGUGGGAGACGUUUCACACGUUUACACAUCAAAAAUCUAUUUAUUUGACUUGUGUUUGACCUUUGGUGAAGUAGAGAUGGAUGAAAAAGCUCACAAGGUCUAAUCCACUGCAUCUAUUUUUUUAGUCUUGUAGUUCAAAACAUAAAAUAGACACAACCCAGCAGAGCAAUCUAAGCUGUGAAUGCCCAAAUGCUUUCAAGAACACCCACACUUUUCCUUUCCGAUCCACGUUCAGACGCCGUCCACGGAUAAAAUGUGAGCAACUUCACUUAACGAACCGCGACAUCGGCCUAAACCUCCUGUCCAGCCUGUCGGAAUAAAAGCCUUUACUGAUGUUUUAGUGAAUCAGGUUUGAAAAUCAAUCAAUUUCUUGUAUUUGAAUGUAAACCCAGGUUUUAUUUAGAUGUGAUUUGUCAGGUGUCUGAUGUUGCAGUGCCUCUCUAAUAGAGAACGAGGAUGCAUCACUGUAAUAAAUACGUUUGGAAUAAAAUGCUUCG